ACUGCGUGCUUUAUACGCGUCCUUAGUCGCAAUUAUCUUAAUUAGAGUUCGUUUAUGGGCGACGACAAUCACCCGUUUUGUCGGUGAAAAAUUGCUCUUUCCUCUUUGCUUUCUGACUGAAUCACUUUACGAGCAUCGUACACAAUAAAUCUUGGCGAGCUUCUCGUCACCUGUGACUUGCUCAAAAAACCGUGACCGUCAUUUGAACUCGAUCGCGUUCUACGUUGCACGAGGGCCACCUUUCUGAACAAAACCGAGGCUAAACAGAGAGAAAUUGGAGGAGAAAAUGAAAAAGAUGGGGGUUAGCGAAAAACUAACCAGAAGGAUUAAAGAAUUAUACACAGAAACGAAGAACGUAGUGAGGAUCAAGACCACAACACAAAACAAUUUUGGACAGUGAGGGGAGUCAAACAAGGGUGCCUGCUGAGUCUAACGUUAUUCAAACCUACGUGGCAGGACUGGAAGAAGAACUAAAGAAAGGACAAGCCGGGGGCAUAGCGAUAGGACGAAAAAAGGUAUGGUCACUGACGUACGCAGAUGAUAUUGUGUUGAUGGCGGAUAGAGAAGAGGAGCUAAAGGAGAUGUUAAGGAGAUUCAAGAAAUUUUUAAAAGAAGCCGAAUUGGAACUGAGCACGGAAAAAACAAAAAUAGUAGUAUUCGAAAAAAGAAGGAAUAAAAGGAGACAAAGAAGAUGGAAAUGGGGAGAGCAAGAAUUAGAAGAAGUGGACGAGAUAAGAUAUCUAGAGUACAUACUACAGAAAAACGUGGGAGAAAGAAUAUUCAAACAGGACUACAAGAGGAAAAUGAAGAUGUUUGGAGCAUUGGUAGAGAGCGUGGCGUUGUUUGGAGCAGAGGUAUGGGGCUGGAACAUGGAAGAAAGACUAGAUAAGAUAAAGAGAAGAUACCUGAAAUGGAUCUUAGGUUUAGAUAGGACAACACCAAACUAUAUAUUGAUAGAAGAGUGCAAGCUAGAAGAAAUCAAGAAAAAAGCAUUAAAAAGAGCAGCAAGGUACGAGGAGAAAACCCUAGAAUCGAAAAAGGAGCUGGUAAAAGAGUGCAUAAAGGAAAGAGAGAGAAACUGGGGAAAUGGCCAGGAAGGGAAAAGAGCAAGAAAGAGAAAGAAGGGACUAGAAGAGGUGAAAAAUGGAGGGACACAG